AUGGCCUCCGCGACUACCAUUGUUCUCGAUAAUGGCGCAGGAUUCAUCAAAGCUGGAUUCGCAGGAGAUGAUGCACCUCAAGCUGUGUUUCCAUCGAUCGUUGGACAUCCAAAAACUAGGGGACAACGUUCAUAUGUCGGUGAUGAGGCUCAGUCGAAGCGACGUAUCCUGAAUGUGAAUCGUCCAAUCGAGGACGGUAUCGUAACGAAUUGGGACGAUAUGGAGAAAAUCUUGCAUCAUACGUUCAACAACGAGUUACGAGUUGCUCCCGAGGAGCAUAGCGUAUUGAUCGCUGACCCACCUGUCAACAUCCGUGAAAACAGAGAGAAGAUGUCUGAGAUGAUGAGCGAGACGUUCCAUGUACGCGAAUGUAGUUUCGUAACGCAGCAACAGCUUUCACUGCUCGCUACCGGUCGUUCAACUGGAGUGGUGAUUGACUUAGGAUACGAUUCCACUUAUGUGGUACCAAUCAUUAAUGAAAAAGUCCAGCAUCAAGCUAUCAUGCGUUCCGAUGUGGCUGGUCGUCUCCUCACUGAUUAUCUCAUGAAGAUGCUCGCUGAGCGUGGUUUCGCAUCUGUGUCGGCGGAUGAGCGUGAGGUUGGUCGUGACAUCAAGGAGAAGCUCUGCUUCGUGGCUCUUGACUUUGAACAGGAGAUGGCCACUGCUGCUUCGUCGUCCUCGCUUGAGAAGGCCUAUGAACUUCCCGAUGGACAAUUGAUCACCGUCAGUAACGAGCGAUUCCGAUGCCCUGAACUUCUCUUCCGGCCGUAUUUCGUGGGAUCGGAGUCUGAUGGUAUCCACGAAAUCAUAUACAACAGUAUCAUGGCUUGUGCUAGUCGUUAUCGUGAUGAACUUUUUGCCAACAUCGUACUCUCUGGUGGUAGCAGUAUGUUUCCUGGAAUUGCUGAUCGUUUGGAGAAAGAAAUGACUGACCUCACAUCAGGCGGUCGCAAGAUCGAGAUCAUCGCAAAACCAGAACGCGAAGACUUACCAUGGAUCGGUGGCUCGAUCACUGCUUCGAAGUCC